AUGGGGAUGAUUCCCAAGAGCUCCCAGCUCGUGCUGCACGUCCACCCCGAGAGCGCGUGCAGGGCAGGGAGCCCCCGGGAAUCUGCGUCCCUGCAAGCGGAAGCAGCAGCCGUUGCCAGCGCCGGGACCUGCGGCGCCGCGGCCAUGUCCGUGCCCGGGAGCCGCCGCUCCUCCACCGGCUCGCGGAGCCGCGGGGUCUAUGGACGCAGCGGCCUGGCCUCCUUCUUUAAGCCUUCGGCGGCCUCCGCGGCGCGGGCCGAGACACAGCCUCUUCUCCCUGCCUCCAGGCGCCCCUCGCCGCCCGGGAGGGACACGUUCGGCACCUCCUCGCUGAGCAGCAGCAGCAACUCGGGCUCGUGCAAGGGCAGCGACAGCAGCCCCACGCCAAGGCGCCCCGCCAAGUACAACCUGUGCAGCGACAACCACGGCAUCAAGCCGCCCACGCCGGAGCAGUACCUGACGCCGCUGCAGCAGAAGGAGGUCUGCAUCCGGCACCUGCGCGCGCGCCUCAAGGACACGCAGGAGCGCCUGCAGGACCGGGACGCCGAGAUCGAGGACCUGAAGACGCAGCUGUCGCGGAUGCAGGAGGACUGGAUCGAGGAGGAGUGCCACCGCGUGGAGGCCCAGCUGGCGCUCAAGGAGGCCCGCAAGGAGAUCAAGCAGCUCAAGCAGGUCAUCGACACGGUGAAGAACAACCUCAUGGAGAAGGACAAGGGGCUCCAGAAGUACUUCGUGGACAUCAACAUCCAGAACAAGAAGCUGGAGACGCUGCUGCACAGCAUGGAGCUGGCGCAGAACGGGGCGCCCAAGGAGGAGGGUGCCGGCGAGUCGGCCGGGGGCUCCCCRGCGCGCUCGCUCACGCGCAGCUCCACGUACACCAAGCUGAGCGACCAGGCGGCCGGCGAGCGCAACGGCGGCGGCUCCCAGACCAUCUCGGUGGACGAGGGCGCCGACAGCGGCUUCGGCAACGCGGACGAGGCGCCGCCGAGCCGCACGGACUGGCCCGAGGCGCCGGCGCGGCUGCCCGCCAGCUGCACCUACGAGAAGCUGCUGGGGCGCGCGGGCGGCGUGGAGGCGGCCGUGCAGGCGAGCUGCAUGCAGGAGCGCGCCAUCCAGACGGACUUCGCGCAGGGCCAGCCCGACCUGGACGCGCUGCUCGAGAAGGUGAUGCACUCGCAGGYGUGCAGCCUGGGCAGCCCCAGCUCGGCGUGGGCGUCCGACGGCGAGGAGCUGCCGCCCGCCUGCCCCGAGGGCGCCGCGGACAGCGCGCCCGCCGUGCGCCAGCCGCGCGGCGCCUCCGUGGCCAUCGCCUGCGCGCCCGACGAGGAGGCCGAGGCGAGCGGCGAGGCCGCCGCCUCCAAGAGCUACUGGAGCCGCCACUUCAUCGUGGAUCUGCUGGCCGUGGUGGUGCCGGCCGUGCCCACGGUGGCCUGGCUGUGCCGCUCGCAGCGGCGCCAGGGCCAGCCCAUCUACAACAUCAGCUCGCUGCUGCGCGGCUGCUGCACCGUGGCCCUGCACUCCAUCCGCCGCAUGAGCUGCCGCUCCGUGGGCCCGGCCGGCGGCGCGCAGCCCUGA